CCACCUCAUCCAUGGAUCUCCUCCACCAUUUUCAUCUUUUCUUGCUAACUCCUUUCUCAGUUUCUCUACUUUUAUCUCUCAAUUUCUCUAUUUUCAUCUCAUGUUGAACUAGAAAUCACCUCCACGCAUCAAUCGAGCACCAAAUCCAUGGCCAAAAGCCACCAUGAACCGCAAGAUCACCACCCUCUCCUCUCACAUCAGCCUUGCAAACCACCCAAUCACUGCCGUAACCACUGUAUCCAACCCAUGUGAACCACGGAUCAGGCACCCCAACGUUUACUGUUUCAGAAACCCACAAAAUCGACAGCCACUCCUCACACACACAGCCACCACGAGCAGCUCCUAGCGCCGCCAUCGUCAACUUCUAACCCCACCGAGCACCGCCACAAAGUCGCCUUGGCCAACCCCUUCCUCCUCCCCUUGAACUAAAGUCCAUAGCUCAUCCAUAAAUCCACAUAUACUCACGAAAAUGCGCAGGCUUAACUCUGUUUUUUCAGCUGAAAGAAAGCACGAUUGUGCUCUCAACCUGUUGCACGACGGAGGCCUAGCGACGUCGCCACCCCCAACACCAUCGUCAACUUAAUUAAUGUGGUUUGAUACUGUUGGCUAGGAAAACAAAGACUAAAAGGGUAAGGGUUUCAAUUGAGGAGGAGGAGGAGAUUGGACUGGUAGGGGUUAGGGUUAAUGAUUUCAGUCUUCAUAGGGAAAGAGGAUAAAGUCUGGAGGAGAAGAUCGGACUGGUUUGGCACUUGAGAUGUUGAUGGUCUGCUGCUGGAAGAAGGAGAUUUUGGUGGAAAUGAGAAUAAAUUUCGCAUUUGAUGAAGACCAAGGUCACCUCCCGCUCCAGACGAUGCUAUGCAACUCUAUUAAUGAAACGCACCGUCUCAUUUGAUAGGUCAAUAAUAGUGCGUCGGGUGGUAUGCAUAUAACUAGACUUUUUCUUGCUGUAUUGUUUGGAGAUUUAGUAAAUAAUUAUAUGAAUUUUAAAAGUUUAAUAUAUUUUAAUUGAAGUUAAUUUUUUUGUUUUAAAAUAAAAUUGAAAUUCGAGCCUUUGGUAUAAUCAUCUCGUGGCAAGGAUCCGUAUUCAAGCAUGAUGAGAACCGACGGAUCUCUAAUAAACGGCACAGAUUCUACGAGGUGAUGUGUAAUUUUAGGAGGCGAGGGAGUCCCAGAGCUCGGGGCCACGUCGACGAAAGGACAUAAAAACGACGCGACUGGAAUCGUCAUGUGAGCUCGACUUUGAGUAACAUACGAAGCGAAGCGAUUCGAUUCGAAGAAACCCCGAGAGAGCUCACAAGAGAGAGAGAGGAUUCCAGAUUCCAAUCCGGAGCCGUGCUAAUUGUGUCAGUGAUUUAGUUUUACGACACAAAUCAUAGCGGGGGAAAGGACGUGAGGAGGAAGAUAUGGGACAGAGACCAGUAAGCAUUGCUCCAUCAUGGCUAUUUCUAUUGCUUUCAUUACUUCUUGCCUGGGCGAUGGUAUCUCCUGCCGACUCUGUUCGUUCUGGUAAUAAUAAUAACUCUUCGUCCACGGGAGCUUUAUAUUGGUCCACCGCAAAGGAGGAGGCGGAUCUGCUUCGCAACCCUCAUGCACGGGACGAUUCCCCCGAGGCUGUCGCGAACGACGACUCCGACGGCGGCUUUUCUUCCCUCGAAGGAAUGUUACAGUGGGCUAUUGGUCAUUCUGAUCCCGCAAAAUUAAAGAAAGCAUCUGAAGAUGUCAAACGACUAUCACCCAGUGAGCUAAAAAAGCGACAAAUAGAACUAAAGGACCUGAUGGAGAAGUUAAGAAUGCCGUCGGAUGCGCAGUUGAUGCAAAUUGCUAUAGAUGACUUAAAUAAUUCCUCUUUGUCUUUGGAAGAUCGUGAACGUGCUCUAAAGGAGCUUCUAAUACUUGUCGAGCCAAUAGAUAAUGCAAAUGAUUUGAAGAAACUUGGGGGCCUUGAUGUGGUUAUACAAGAGCUUAAUCACGGCGACCAAGAUAUUAGGAGACUUGCUGCAUGGAUUAUUGGGAAAGCCAGUCAGAAUAAUGCGGUUGUUCAGAAGCAGGUCCUGGAACUUGGGGCACUGGCAAAGCUAAUGAAGAUGGUAAAAUCUAGUUCAACAGAAGAAUCCAUCAAAGCAUUAUAUGCUGUUUCAGCACUGAUCCGAAACAAUCCAGCUGGCCAGGAAUUGUUCUAUGCAGAAGCUGGAUAUAUGAUGCUUCAGGACAUUCUGAGCAAUUCAAGCAUUGAUAUCAGACUGCGCAGGAAAGCUGUCAUUCUUGUGGGUGAUCUGACAGAGUGUCAGUUAGAAAAUGUGGUUAAAGCUGACCUUCCGUUUUUCAGCAAUCAAAUUUUCUUGAAGUCUGUAGUUGACCUAAUGGCAUCAGAUGAUCUUGAUCUACAGGAGAAGGCACUUGUUGCAAUUAAGAAUCUUUUGCAACUCAGGGUGGCCGAACCACUAGUUUUGAAGGACUUUUGUGGUUUAGGUGGUGCAUUAGAGAGAAUGAGUCUGCAACUUCAAAAGUUAAUGGCAGAGGAAGAUGUCAAGGAUUAUGCAAUGGACGUGGAUAGCCUCCGGAGUGAAGUGGAGCAGAUUUUCCAUUCAAAGUUGGGAAAGGAAACACAGGUUCCAACAUAAUGAUACAUUCGUCCUGCACCGGCAUAUGCGGGACUAGGCAUCUGGCUACUAUGCUCAUAAUGGAUGCCUUGCUGGAUAACAGUCUUAUGCGCCUUUUUUUUGGUUGCGGGGUUCUUUGUAGACUGACGUGAAUCUGUAUGUUUACUGGAUAGGAGAGAGAGAGAGAGAGAGAGAGAGAGAGAGAGAGAGAAAAGGACUGAUUAUUAGAUGAAUUGUAUUUUUUUUUUUUAAGUCUAUUUAUGAUAUAAAGGAAGUCUUGAUCUGAGCCCUUUGCACA